AUGAAGCUCUUCGCCUUCGGCUCUAAUGGAUCAGGCCAACUAGGCAUCGGCCACGAAGAAGACGUCUCCACACCAACGCAAUGUCUCUUUGAGCAGCCAGAGCCACCACAAAACACCAAUCUCGCCGAUCGAUCUGAAAUCAUCACCAUCGCAGCAGGCGGAAACCACACCCUGCUCCUAACAACCAACGGCUCCAUCUACGCCGCGGGCUGCAACGCAGACGGACGGUGCGGGCCGCACAAAGCAACCAAAAACCCCCAAGAGCCCGAAUCCAACAUCCUGCGCUUUCGUCAACUGAUUAUCCCAGACGCACUUUCAGUCUCCAACACAGAAAUAUCCAAGUUCAAACACGUUUCCGCGACGUGGGAGGGCACGAUUUCCGUAGCGUCCGUGCCACGACGCGGCAGCAAUACCAAUAACAGUAACGAUAACAAUAACGUUGUCUACGGCCGCAAUCCAGACACAGAUACAGAAGAUCGAGUCUUUGUAUUCGGCUCCUCGCCCAAAGGAGAACUGGGUGUUGGUCCGAACACCCCCGCCCCAGUCCCAGGUAUCUGUAUCCCCUCGUUCCCGCCAGCGGGGUUGAGGAUCACAGCGCUGGCGAGCGGGAUGGCGCAUUCGGCAGCUGUGCUCUCGAAUGGGGAUGUUUAUGGCUGGGGCGCGGCGCGGAAGGGCCAGCUCGGGGAGGAGAACCGGGGGGCUAGGAUUGCUUAUUCUCCUGUGAGGAUUUGUGUGCCGUUUUUUGCGGAGGCUGUUGCUUGUGGGAGGGAGUUUACGGUUGUUGAGGGGCGCGGGCGGUUUGUUGUUCUUGGGGAUAGGGGGAAUCGGUGGGGGGUAUUGCGGAUCCCGGGGAGUUUGUCUUUGCGUGCGCAUGGAGGUUUGGGGGAUCAUUUACGGGAUGAGGAUGAGGAAGGGGAUUGUGAAGGUGCUAUUCGUUAUCGAUAUACUGGUAUUGCGGCUAGUUGGCAUGGGGUUUAUGUACAUGCUGCGCCUGGGCUUGGACGGAUGGAACCGUCGAUAACGGACGAGGCGUUAGGCACCAAGUCUCGAUCUGUUUCUGAUUCUGAUUCUGUCGGUGGUUCUAUUGUUGCUUGGGGGCGCAAUGAUCGAGGUCAACUUCCGCCCCCGGAUCUUCCGACUCCUGUUAGACUCGCUGUCGGUAGUGAGCAUGUCCUUGCUCUCUUGGGAGAUGGUCGAGUGGCGGCGUUUGGAUGGGGUGAGCAUGGGAACUGUGGACCCGAUACAGAUUCACAGGGGAAUGUGUCGGGGACAUAUAAUGUGAUUUCGCUCCCCGAAGCCGUGGGGGUGGAUGAGAAGGUUGUCGGAGUUGGAGCGGGAUGUGCAACUAGCUGGAUGAUUGUGACAUGA